CCAUUGGGUAACCAUUGGGUGACCAUCGUGGACACCAGUAGGAGGCUGUGUCUAUUACCAUUCUGAGGAAAUCAUAACACACACCAUUCCUUUGGAAACUAUCUCGUACAUUGGUAAGAGGCUGUGUCUGUUACUGUUCUGAGGAAAUCAUAACACACAACUUUCAGUGGAUAUUCCAUCAAUACAUUAACGGUCAGAGCUCUGCCCUCUCUGUAACCAUUUUGAGAAAACCAUCACACACACCUUCCUUGGGUAACCAUAUCCCAUACAUUGGUAGGAGGCUGAGUGACUGUACGGAAGGUGUAGAGAAUGGAUAAUACCUAGGAUCUCGUUACAGUUGGCAGUGUGAUCUAAAAUCUAUAAUGGGCUGCAAUCUUGGAAGUGAGGCUCAAAAACCUAAUUUGGAACCAGGUCAUCGUAAUGAACCAAAUGAGAAGACAAAACCAAGUUCUAAUGAUGACCAGAAAGAGAAGACAAUUAACCGAGACGUCAUUCCUGUGUUCCUCCGAGAGGAGUCUACACACGUGGAAAAGACGCAAUUCCUUCACACACACAACCUUCAGUCUCUGUGUGCGACAGACGAUGGUGUGUGGAUCGCCUCCUCGGAUAGUACAGAGUUAGUGGAGAUGGACAACGACGGGGAGAAGGGGCGUUGUGUCGAGAUGGUCAGUGGCAUCGACGGCAUCAGUAUGAGUCCCCUAAGUGGCCGUUUAUGGAUAUGUUGUGAUGAUUCUACAAUCCGAGAAAUGACUCUGCCUGAAACGGCCAAUUCCCCGCCGGAUACAGCACAGGUACGAUUUGAGACCGGGUGUAUGUGUAUUGGUGUGACUUACAAUGAGUAUAUUAUUGUUGGUACCUAUAUGGAUGUAACCAUUUAUUCACAAGACGGAGAAGUUAUUUUAUCUUCGCAGAACAUACCCGGAUCUCACAUUAUUAAACCAUAUAAAAUCGCAGCGUGUAAAAAGACACGUCGGAUAGCCGUGGCGGAUUGGGACGACGGCGUAUGUGGAGGAGAUGACGUCCCAAAUGUGGCGGUCUUUAACGACCGCUUAGAGUUUCUACACAGAUACUAUGGGGAGACCAAACUACUGAAAAAACGGAAGAGUGGCCCGACCCAGUUUCUACCUUAUGACAUUUGCUAUGACCCCCAGGGUCUACUACUAGUAGUAGAUUACAAGAUCCGCUGUAUCAAUGUGAUUGACUCAGGAGGUCGCUUCCUGCGCCUGUUGUUGGCCCUGCCCUCUAGUGCAGUGUGGCCCAUCUGUCUAAGUCUCCACAACAGUCGCCUCUGGGUUGGCUGUUCUGAUAAAUCUCUCAAGGUAUACAAUUAUGAGGAUCUUGCUGAAAACUAAAAUGUUUUUUACUUGUGUAACAAUUGUACUUGCCAUUUGAAUGUAUUACAAAUGUAGGGUUUAUACAUAUAUAUUUGGGGGCAUUAUUUUCAUUGUACAUUAUUCUAGUCAUGAGAAAUAUUGUGAAAUAUCAAUACACAGAUGUUUUGUCCUGAUACAGAGUUAGUUAGAGAUGUGGUAGAAACAUGAAACCCUUGAAAUGCUAUCUAGUUUCAAGAAAUUCGUUCAAACAAAAAGAUUCAGAGAAGAUAGUAAAGUUAUUUAUACCAUACAUUUAAAACCCCAAUAUAGCAAAAUAUGACUCCUAACUCUAACUAUGUAUGAUUAACCAAAUAGCCCCCCUAACUCAACCUCUCACGAGUCAAUUAAUACCCCCACCUAACUCAACCUCUGAUGAAUCAAUUAAUACCCCCUCCAAACUCAACCUCUGACGAGUCAAUUAAUACCCCUCCUAACUCAACCUCUGAUGAGUCAAUUAAUACCCCUCCUAACUCAACCUCUGACGAGUCAAUUAAUACCCCUCCUAACUCAACCUCUGAUGAGACAAUUAAUACCCCCUCCUAACUCAACCUCUGAUGAGUCAAUUAAUACCCCCUUCUAACUCAACCUCUGAUGAGUCAAUUAAUACCCCCUCCUAACUCAACCUCUGAUGAGUCAAUUAAUACCCCCUCCUAACUCAACCUCUGAUGAGUCAAUUAAUACCCCCUCCUAACUCAACCUCUGACGAGUCAAUUAAUACCCCCUUCUAACUCAACCUCUGAUGAGUCAAUUAAUACCCCCUCCUAACUCAACCUCUGACGAGUCAAUUAAUACCCCCUCCUAACUCAACCUCUGACGAGUCAAUUUAUACCCCUCCUAACUCAACCUCUGAUGAGUCAAUUAAUACCCCUCCUAACUCAACCUCUGACUCAAUUAAUACCCCCUCCUAACUCAACCUCUGAUGAGUCAAUUAAUACCCCCUCCCAACUCAACCUCUGAUGAGUCAAUUAAUACCCCCUCCUAACUCAACCUCUGACGAGUCAAUAAAUACCCCUCCUAACUCAACCUCUGAUGAGUCAAUUAAUACCCCUCCUAACUUAACCUCUGAUGAGUCAAUUUAUACCCCUCCUAACUCAACCUCAGAUGAAUUAAUUAAUACCCCCUAACUCAACUCAGACUCUGAGUCAAUUAAUACCUCCUAACUCAACCUCUGAUGAGUCAAUUAAUACCUCCUAACUCAACCUCUGAUGAGUCAAUUAAUACCCCCUCCUAACUCAACCUCUGACUCAAUUAAUACCCCCUCCUAACUCAAACUUUGAUGAAUCAAAGUCCCCUCCCAACUCAAACUCCAGUGAGCCAAAAACCCUCCAAACUUCAAAGUGACAGUAUUAAAUUUUUUCCACUGUCACAAAUGCAAUCUCUGAAAUUGGGAAACAAUUUUAUUUCAACAAAGUGUGAUUAAUCGUAAAUUUCCUGAAUGUCAAAAAAGGGGAACAUUUAUGUGAUGGAUGUAUAUGUACUAGAGAUAUAAUAAAAAAAAAAUGCCAUAAACUUGUCAUCAGGUAUCAAAUGGCUUAUCUUUGGCCAUUUGUAAGGGUGUGACUUGUAUCAAAUGAUUAGUGUGUCAUUGUAACAUGUUUUGGUUUUUAUUUAUAAUCAUCCAUAUACUCAUUGCUAAAUACAAAUAUUACCUCAUAGAUUCAGAGGAAUGUAAAAUUGUGCCAAAUCAUAGUAGUCAUUUCAUGAAGCAGCUAGGUCAUAAGACAUACAGCUAAAUGUAUACUAUAUUAUAAUACAGACUGAAGCCUCCAGUUUAUGUUGAUCUCCAACUGGAGAUGUUUGAAAAAUAAAAUGAUUAAAUUUUUUAAUUAUCUCAAAAAAUUACAGUUUGUCAAAAUUAUAGUUCUACAUUUUUUCUGAUUUUGACAGUGACCCCCUGACAGAUGUGUGAGCUGACUUGCUUUAAGUUAUUAACACUUUCGUUUUAACACCAGAAUAAAUAAAUAAAUGUAUAAUAAGUAGAAAAUGUACCAUUGUUAUCACUCGGAUUGCUCCGCUUACCUGUAUUUAAUACUUUGAUAAUAUAAGUCGUCUUGGUCUACAACCAUCAAGGUUUUGUCAUUAGCUAAUAUAACCAAGAUGUUUAUCAUGUUGAACACAAUCUAUCUACAAUGUAGAUGUAGGUCUUUGACACUGACUCAAUGUUUAGGGUUUGAACAAGAUCUUCCAGAUAUGUAACUAACAAGUCAUUCAUGUGAGAAAUAUCUUCUGGUUGUAUAAAGAGAUGACUCUAGUUUGUAUGUACUUAUUUUAUCAUGCAUUAAGCUUCUGUGAAGUUUUAAGUUAUAUAUUUCAAUUUUUGUAAUAAUUAAUAAAACAGUGCUGCCGACACAG